CAAUUUUCACAGGCUUGAGAACAAUGUCAAGAGAAAUUAUGCCUACGGGUAUCCAAACAAAGACUAUAUUCAUGAAAUCAUAUGAAUAGACUAAUCAUUGUGGAGUGGGUUUGAAACAUGAGAAGAUCUCGUCUUCACCAUAGUAUAGUUCAAAGUUCCUUGACUGUGUUGUUCAAAACAAAGAAACUUCUCCCUCAAAGAAAGUUAGAGCUGCGGAUGAGAGUGUAGUUGAACAGUCUAAGGUAGCUCAAGAGGAUAGUGAUGGAAAAGAGACUCCGGAGGACCUUCACAUGGAGCGUGGUAAUUCGUUUUCUAAUAAUCAUGUGCAUUUGGAUUUGAGGAUGGGAAAUUCUUUGUCCUUGGAGGGAGUAACCAGCGAUCAGGGACAUGAUUUUCAUGUGGUCGGGGUGGCGGGCCUUAUCAUGCCCCCACCCUCAUCAUGGAACUGUCGGGGCCUUCGCCAAGCCCGGUCAGUUUCGUUGUUAAGGGCGAUCCUUAGGAUGGAGAAUCCUGAGGUGGUGUUUUUGAUAGAAACAAAAUUAGAAUUGACAGAUGCUAAUAAUCUAUGGAGAAGUCUGGGUUUUGCCAAUAGAAUUGUGGUACCUUCUCUUGCCUUGUCUUGAGGGUUUUGUUUGAUGUGGAGAAAUGGAAUUGAUCUCUGUAAAAACUGGAGAGAAUGGAAUUUAGUAUUUACUUUGAUUUUUUAAGUAAUUUAGGUCUUCCAGAAUGGAGAUGUUUCUUUGUUUAUGGCCCCCCAACUUUUGAGAUGCACACAAGUUGUUGGGAGGGCCUCGCAGCUGAAGUGGGUGCACAUACAGGCUGUUGGGUUUGUAUGGGUGACUUGAAUUGCAUUCCUUCAUAGGAAGAAAAGGAAGGUGAGCGCCCCUUUUCAAUGGCUGAAGGUCAACCUUUUAAUGAAUUUCUCUUCAACAUAGGGGGGAUAGACUUGGACGGUGCUGGUUGCCUGUACAUUUGGUCUAAUGGGAAGGAGUUGCAUGAAAAAUUGGAUCGAGUGGCGUGUAGUAAUUCUUGGCUAGAGAGUUUCCUAAAGCGGGGGUUCAGAAUCUACCAAUGGAUCAGAACAUGGUCUGAUUCUCUUUGACCUAUUCAUGAAAAUGGAGGCAAUUCGGUUUCUUGAGGCUUGGAGCAAUGACCCCCCUUGCUCUGAGGUGAUUAAGCGGGCUUGAGAUAUCUCAGUAAACAGAAUUUAGAGCUUUCGAAUCUGUGCAAAGCUGAUGAAUACCAGGAAAGCUUUGACAGUGUAGAAUAAAGAGGUCUUCAGUGUGUGCCAAGAAAAGAUUAAAAUGCUUACUAAACUGCUAAUUGAGGCCCAGCAUAGACCUUCUUCCUCUUCAAAUAGAGAAGUUGAGAAUUUUAUUACAAAGGAAAUUAAACUGGCUUGGGAUAGGCAAGAAUCGUUUAGGAAGCAGAAGUCUCAUGAAUUGUGGUUGGCGAAGGGACAUCAUAAUUCUCGAUUCUUUCAUGUGUCUACCUUGGUGAGACGGAAGAGGAACCAUAUUUGGGGGCUUUUGGAUGGUGCAGAUAAUUGGGUUUCAGGUCAUUAUGAAGUUGGAAUCCACCCACGUGAAAAUUCGAAGAAGUUUUCUAUGAGAGCUCAUUUCAAAGUGACCUUCUUUUGGACUCCCUCAUCGAUUCUUGUAUUUCUCUCAAGGAAAAUGCUUUCAUGAUUAGUAUGCCACUGGAGAAAGAAAUCAAAGUUGUGUUGUGGGAUAUGCACCCUCUGAAAGCUCUGAGACCUGAUGGUAUACCGAGACACUUUUUAAAGAAGUAUUAGAACAUUGUCGGCCAAGAUGUGGUGGGAGCAGUGCAAUUAUUUUUCACUCUGGUCGUUUUGCGAAGGAAUUGAAUCGAUCUUUUACUGUCUUGAUUCCUAAGAAACAAGAUUCCAAGACCUUUGAUAAUUUCCGUCCCAUUAGUCUUUGCAACACCACUUACAAGAUUAUUUCAAAGAUCUUUGCUUCUCGGUUGCGCACGGUUCUUCACAAACUGAUUUCUCCUCACCAAUUUGCUUUUGUUACAGGUAGAAGGAUUGCGGAGAGUUCGGUUCUUGCUCAGGAAAAUCUUUCAUGCAAUGAAAAGAAAAUCUGGUAGAACGGGUUUCAUUGGUUUAAAAGUUGAUAUGUCUAAGGUGUAUGAUCGACCUGACAGGGUGCUUGAAUUGGUUGGGUUCUCUUGCCAUUUUUGUAAGCUGAUUUCUUGGUGUGUUUCUUCGGUUUCAUUUACUAUUUUAAUGAAUGGCAGUCCCUUUCCGAGCUUCACCUCGUAAAGAGUGUUGGGCCAGGGCGAUCCCAUUUUCUUUGUAACUGCUCAUCCUGGGGAGUGAAGUUCCUUCUAGACUUCUAGUACGAGAGGAAAAUGAAAGGAAUAUUACAGAGUUUAUGGUUGCAAGAAACAACCCGGAAAUCUAUCAGUUGAUCUAUGUUGAUGAUCUUAUGAGGUUUUUCAAGGAAACUCAAUCUAAGAAUAAUAAUUUUCUCAAUUGCUUUAAUACUCACUGUAGAUGGUCAGGCCAACAAGUGAAUUAUCUUAAAUCUAGUAUUUGGGUUCAAAUAAGAACUCUUGGAGAUAUCUGGGUUUAGAGCUAUGUUUGGAAGGGUGGAGAUGCAAACUUCUCUCGCAAGCAGGUCAGACCACUUUGAUUAAGUCAGUGGUGCAACGUCCUAUGUGAUGUCUACCUUUGUGGUACCAAAGUUUAUUUGUCAGGAAAUUGACCGUUGAUUUGAAGAUUUUGGUGGACCAGAGGAUUAGAGAAGAGGUAAUAUUUGGCUUUAACGAGCUGGGAUGACUUGUGUACCCAAAAAUCUUGUGUGGGUUGGGCUUUAGAAAGUUUGAGGACCUUAAUAUGGCGUUUGUGGCUAAAUCAGGGUUGACAUUAGCUCAUGAUCCAUAAUCUCUUUGGACUAGAAGUUUUCAUGAUAAGUAUCUUUGUCACUCUUCCUAUUGGAAUGCGAAGUUGGGACUAACGCUUCUGCACUGGCUCGUGGUAUUUGGUCCUCAAAAACUUUCCUUCGGGUGGAAGCUUUGUGUCUAGUUGGAACUGGGAGCACCUUGAAACUUGGAUCUGAUCCCUAAUUUGAAUGGUGUUCAGUUCUGGAGCCUCCUUCAAUUCUAUAGAGAACAUGGAGUCUAUGGCUAUUAGUGCAUUGUUAUGUUCUGAUUGCAGAGAGUGGAACACAGAUAUGGUGGGACAUGUGUGUAAUCUUAUUAUAGCAGCCAAGGUCUUAACCAUGGACAUUCUCGCAAGCCCUCACGAUGACCAUAUUAUAUGGAAAAAUAAUCCUAAAGGUGUUUUCUCAGUGAAAGAAGCUUUCAAUAACAUUAUUAAGCAUUGCGUCCCUCCCCGAGAAAACUUGUGUAAAUCUAUUUGGAAUCUGAAGAUUCAUGAAAGGCUGAAAUUUUUCCUUUGGAAGUCAGAAAAAAAUCUUCUCCCUAUUAGAUCUCGGUCAACUAUGGUGCUUCAUAUGGAUAGUCGCUGCUGUGGUUUAUGUACUAGGAGUGAGGACCACCUUAUGGACACUUCUCUCUACUACCCUUUUGCUUCUAGGAUGUUGACCUUCAGUUGGAGCAUGGGAAUUUGGAGAGUGAAUCUCUUCCGGGAGGAUCAAAGGAGCUUGGUUUGCUUACGACUCGGUUGGGAAUGUGUUCUUGAUGCAGGCGGUGUCUAUGACGACCUCCUCCCCCUUGAAGCUGAAUUUAAAGCCUUUGUUGGUGAUAUGUAGGUGUGUCAAGCUAAAGGGCUAAUAUUACUUUUUUCCUGAAUUGCCAAGAGACUGUCACUUCUCUGAAGACCAUGAUUAGUCCACAUUGGCGACUCUCGUGUUUGUUCUUUCACUAUUGUUCGCUUAUUUCUUGUUGUUCUUUUUCUAUUAUUUGGAUCUCUCAUAACCUCAAUAUUGAGGCUGAUGAACUUGUCAAUUGGGCUUUCAAAACUAAGAAGGAGGUUUGCUUUUAGUUUUGGGAGGUCAGGCUCGUUCUGUGACCACUUUUAUUCAGCAAAAUAAAUAUACAUUUUCCUAUUUUGUAAGAUUGAAUAAUCGUCAUUAAAAAGGUUAAUAAAUGUAUAUUGAAUUUCGCAUUC